UGAAGUACCUACUUACGUGGCGUUAAAACAGUAGGUACUGUAUAGUAUGAAUCCGAGUAGUAUGAAUGAGAUUCGGACGUACUACAUCCGCCAUGUUGCUACAUCACGUGACAUACGUCGUCAUCACGUCAUGUCAUUUCAGCGCGAAAACAGCCGCGUGCCUCUUCUUCUUCGUUGGAUAACUCCUCGUCCGGGGCAUCAUGGGAUAGUGAAGCGUCCAUCGUAUGCACACUGCAAAAUCUAACCGGAAGUAGUAGGUCAUCCGGGUACUUUUCGCAUACUGUUUUUCGAAUACUAUGUAUUCGGACAUACUACUCGCCUCGCCUACUGCUUUUCGCGUACUAUAUAGUAUGUAGUAGGCGGUUUCGGACGCAGCAAAAUCACGUGACUUGGGCCAGUUUGAAUCACGCUCCGAACCACUGAUUCGACACGAGCGAUUCGUAAAUGUUUCGAAGCUUUAUGAGGUGGUGUUUCUCUUUGACCACCUCUCAAAACGUUCCCGGUGUAACUUUUCCUUCAUUGUGUUUUGGUAUCUGCAAUAUCAGAAAUGGUUUCCAUGUCUCUUAAUUCACUAAAACAAAUAAUGCGUGCGAUGAUGGAUAGUUCUGGUUUUGACCGGGUUUUAAGCAAGGUUGAAAUCGUGUCUGCAGCACCUGGUAAAGUUGUGUGUGAGAUGAAGGUUGAGGAGGAGCACACAAACAGAGGAGGCACGCUUCACGGAGGAAUGACAGCCACACUGGUGGACGUCAUCUCCACUUCUGCUAUUAUGUACAGUGAGAGGGGAGCACCGGGAGUCAGUGUCGACAUGAAUAUAACAUACAUGAAUGCAGCUAAAAUUGGAGAAGACGUAUUAAUCACUGCUCAGGUUUUAAAACAAGGAAAGACUUUGGCUUUUGCAACAGUAGAUCUUACAAACAAGGCAAAUGGAAAAAUGAUUGCUCAAGGAAGACACACCAAGCACCUUGGUGGUUAAAUAUGUACAUGUAUGUCCAUGUUACUUUCCAUUGAAUUGUAUAUAAUCAACUCCCAAUAAAGAUUGAUUUUUCGCACCGUG